UAAAUUUGAUGGUCCCAGAUAUGUAAUGGGGGAUUUUCAGAAUAAUGGAUUGAUUCCAUGGAAUACCCUUUUGAAUUUUGUUGAGUGGUGGAAGUUUUUCAACCAUGGCUUCGAUUCCUUGCCCUUUCUUGAUCAAUACAAUGUAUCUUCUCACCAAUAAACACUCUUUACCCUUUUCCUUUAUUGGUAACUCAUUUGCAGAAUUUAGUAAAUACCCAUUAGAGAGGUUUCAAGUUUUCAUCAUCAUCAUCAUCAUCAUCAUCAUCAUCAUCAAGAUCAUCAUACUUGAGAUCAAGUUUCUCCCAUUUGUGGUCCAACUAGUAAUCUGAUUCCAUAAAAGCUUGAGGGUUUGGGGUUUAGCCAUUUAUUUCAAUAGGGUGUUCUAUUUAUUCAUCCCAGAAACAGCUACAACUUCUCUUACAAGUUACAAGGGAGAUAGGAAGAACUUGGGACAUAUCUCAGGCUUUUUGGGCCAAAAGUUAAACUGGGUUAGAGACCCAAUUGACCUAGCCCUGGCCCAGCCCUGGCAGCCCAGAUGGACCUGGUAUCUAUGAGAUUUAUUUAUCCGGUUCAGAAGGAUCGUAUAUUAGAUAAGGAUUGAAAAGAAACAAAUAUUCAAGAAAAAAAGCGGGGGAAAGUAGUGGAGAUCUGUUCUUGCUUCCAUUUGUCAUGGCAGGAGGUGAGUAUGGAACAGAGAAUAUCAACGGCAGCACAACCAGCACAUCAAUUUUAGCAGCCGAAGGGGUUGAGAUCCUCUUGUCAGCUGAAGGCAAGGUUCCCCUGUCAUCACUUGAUCAAAAGAAAAUCUGCCUCUUCUUCUCAGCUAAUUGGUGCAGACCUUGUAGAGCUUUCAUUCCCCAAUUGGUGCAACUCUACAACACCCUAAGAAACACAGAAAGAAAUCUAGAGAUCAUCUUUGUCUCCUUUGACCGGGAUGAGAAUGGAUUUAGAGAACAUUUCAAGUUGAUGCCAUGGCUGGCAGUCCCAUUCGACAUUAGUAUACGAAGACAAUUGUGCAAUCACUACCAUGUUGUCCGUAUCCCUUCUCUUAUUCCAUUGAAUCCAAAUGGAGAAUCUGUUGGAGAAGAUGCAGUGAAGUUGAUUGAAGACUAUGGCAUCGAUGCAUUUCCAUUCAAUCGUGAAAGAAGAGAGGAGUUGGAGGCUAUGGACAAGAUGAAGCGUCAAGGGGGGAAACUAGAAGACCUUUUACUGAGUGGAGCACGCGAUUAUGUCGUUUCCGGGGAUGGUAGAAAGGUACUAGUUUCUGAACUAGUUGAUAAAACAAUUGGACUCUACUUUGCUGCUCAUUGGUGUCCCCCAUGUCGUGCCUUCACCAUCCAACUUAAAGAGGCAUACAAUGAGCUCAAGAGCAGCCAAAACAGAAGCUUUGAAAUCAUUUUCAUCUCAACAGAUAGAGACCCAGAAGAAUUCAAUCUCCAUAUCACAAACAUGCCAUGGUUAGCUAUCCCUUAUAAUGACAAGACCCAACAAGAUCUCUGUAGGAUCUUUGACAUCAAGGGAAUUCCAGCUUUGGUCCUUUUAGGACCUGAUGGAAAGACGCUUAGCACAAAUGGGAGAGCUUUGAUUUCCUCCUAUGGUUCAAAAGCCUUCCCAUUCACUGAGUCAAGGAGAGAUGAAGUGGAAGCAGCCCUAAGGAAGGAAGUGGAUGGAUUGCCCCAUCAAGUGAAGGACCCAAAACAUGAACAUGUUCUUAGGUUGGAUAUGGCCAAAGCUUAUGUGUGUGAUUUCUGCAAAGGGCAAGGAAGGUUCUGGGUUUUCUCUUGUGACAAGUGUGACUUUGACCUUCAUCCCUCAUGCUUAGAUUAAACAUAUUACUAGCCAAUACCCUAGUGCCCCUGAUUUUGAUACUAUAAACUGUGAACAUAAACCUCCAUUAUCCACUUAUAUGUCAUUGGGAAUGAGUAUGAAUAAGUAUCCUGUUCUAUACUUUUAUAUGAAUAA